AUGCAAUGGCGGUCGUUGGUGCUGGCGCUGCUGGCGCUGCGGCUGGCGGGCCACGCGCUGCUGUGGCUGGCCGGGCCCGGCGUGGGCUACUACCAGCAGCGCCUGCGGGCCUUGGCCUGCAGCCCCGCCGCCGCCGCCCAGGACGCCCGGCCGUCGGGCCGCCCCUGCUUGCCGGCCGCCUUGGCGCCGCCGCCGCCGCACUGGGCCUCUUUCCUGGGCCGGGCCUGGGAGGGCAGCGGUAGCGGCGGCCCCUCCUCCUCCUCGGGGGGGAGAGGCGGGAGGCUGGUGGGGGGCGGCGAGGGGGGCCUCGACGACGAGUACGAGCAGCGCUACAGCCGCGCCUUCCCGGCCCAGCUCCGCGCCCAGCUCCGCGACGCCGCCAGGGGCAUGUUCGCUUUCGGCUACGACAACUACAUGGCGCACGCCUUCCCCCAGGACGAGCUCAACCCCAUCGACUGCCGCGGGCGGGGGCCGGACCGCGACAACCCUUCAAAUCUGAAUAUCAAUGAUGUCCUGGGAAACUACUCGCUUACUCUGAUUGAUGCAUUGGAUACCCUGGCAGUGAUGGGAAAUUCUUCAGAAUUCCGAAAAGCUGUGAAAUUAGUGAUAGAAACAGUUUCGUUUGACACCGAUUCAACCGUGCAGGUCUUUGAAGCAACAAUCAGAGUUUUGGGAAGUUUGCUUUCAGCCCACAUAAUAAUAACAGAUGCCAAACAGCCUUUCGGUGAUAUGACUAUAAAGGGUUAUGAUAACGAGCUGUUACAUAUGGCACAUGACCUAGCAGUAAGGCUUUUACCUGCUUUUGAGAACACCAAAACUGGAAUUCCUUUUCCUCGGGUAAAUUUAAGAACCGGAGUUCCUUCUGGCAGCAACAAUGAGACUUGCACUGCAGGAGCUGGCUCUUUGUUGGUGGAAUUUGGCAUUCUUAGCCGGCUUCUUGGAGAUUCUACUUUUGAGUGGGUAGCCCGUCGAGCUGUGAAAGCACUCUGGAAUCUAAGGAGCAAUGGCACUGGAUUAUUAGGUAAUGUGGUGAAUAUUCAAACUGGCCACUGGGUUGGUAAGCAAAGUGGCUUGGGAGCAGGAUUAGAUUCCUUCUAUGAAUAUCUUUUGAAGUCUUACAUCCUCUUUGGAGAAAAGGAAGAUCUAGAGAUGUUCAACGAUGCUUAUCAGAGUAUUCAGAGCCACUUAAGACGAGGGAGGGAAGCCUGUAACGAGGGCGAAGGGGACCCACCUCUCUAUGUUAAUGUCAACAUGUUCAGUGGGCAGUUGAUGAACACCUGGAUCGAUUCUCUUCAGGCAUUUUUCCCUGGACUUCAGGUUUUAAUAGGUGAUGUGGAAGAUGCUAUUUGCCUCCAUGCAUUUUAUUACGCCAUAUGGAAACGAUAUGGAGCUCUUCCAGAGAGGUACAACUGGCAGUUACAAGCACCAGAUGUCCUUUUUUAUCCACUAAGACCAGAGUUAGUGGAAUCUACUUACCUUCUUUAUCAGGCCACAAAGAAUCCUUUUUAUCUUCAUGUAGGAAUGGAUAUUCUUCAGAGCCUGGAGAAAUACACAAGGGCAAAAUGUGGGUAUGCUACCCUGCACCAUGUCAUAGAGAAAUCCAAGGAAGAUCGGAUGGAGAGUUUUUUUCUUAGCGAGACAUGUAAAUACCUGUUUUUGCUGUUUGAUGAAGAAAAUCCUGUGCACAAAUCAGGAAAUAGAUUUAUGUUUACAACGGAAGGACACAUUGUGUCACUGGAUAAACGUCUGCGUGUUUCAUUAUGGCAAGAUACCUUCCCUGAAGAGAAGAAAGCUGAAAAGAUAAAGCGUAAUGAACUGAGAGCAAAUAAUUCCAUUUCUAAUUGCAACAGAGUACCAGAUGAGAGGAGAUACCUGCUGCCACUGAAGAGUAUUUAUAUGAGACAGAUUGAUCAGAUGGUAGGCUUGAUCUGAACAUUGUUCAUGUGGAGUAAGACUAAAGAUCGCAAGACAGCAGCUGAAGCAGAUGUUCCUCUUGAGCUGUGCAGCUU